AUUACCCGGAAGUGACAACAACAAGUCCUUCCUGCAUCAAGACCGGCAAGAUGGCAGCGGACACGCAGGUCACAGACACACUCAAGAAAUUUGCUGUGAAAGUGACCACAGCCAGUGUGAAGGAGCGUAAAGAGAUUCUGGGAGAGUUGAAGCAGUGUAUAAGUGGCAAAGAGUUACCAGAGCCUGCCAUCAAAGGCCUAUGCAAGCUCUUCUGCCUCACUCCUCACAGAUACAGGGAUGCUGCAUCUCGGAGAGAGCUGCUCUCUGUCAUCGCUCUGCUAGCUGAGAGUCAACCUGACAUCCUAGCGGCCAGCCUCCUCCACUGCCUUCUCAACAGCGGAAUCAUCAGCAAAACUGGAGAACCCAGUAAGAGCACAGGCUCUGCAGCCUUCACCGGCUUGUCUUGGACCUGCCUCUUAGUCCGCAUCGUGUUUUCCACUCCAGAGAAGAGAGAAGGCCCCGUUUGGAAGAAAACGGUGGAAGUUCAGAGUCUUUUUCUGGCUGAGGUAGUAGGAGGAGCUCAGGCCACAGCUCUGAAGUCGGGCCUGAAGAACCUCAGCCAACUAUGGAAGGCAAGCCCUGGUCUUGUGGAUCAGUACAUCAGCACUCUGCUGAGUCUGGAGCAGAGCCCCACAACUCUGGUCAUGCUAGGGGUGUGUUUGGACUUCUGUGCAGCUCAGAAAGACAUGGCCACCAUACAGAAGUAUAAGAGUCCCCUGCUGGACCUGUACGUGAAGUCAGUCCUUAUGAGCAAGACGAGACCACAGCAACACAUACUGGACAAAAGUGGCUCCUUAAUGCGCCAUGUCUCCCACUCCGAGUUCAAGGAGCUGCUGCUCCCCGCCAUGCAGAAGACCAUGCUCCGCAGCCCAGAGAACGCAAUGCAGACCGUUUCCUGCCUGCUGGCCACAGUGACGCUCGACCUCAGUCAGUAUGCCAUGGAUAUUGGAAAGGCAAUAGCAAGCCAGCUGAAGGCUAACAACCCCCAGCUGAUGGAGGAGGCAGUCCAGGCCAUGCAGAACCUGUCCCAGCAGUGCAGUGACCCCACCGCUGUGCAAGACACCGUCACACACCUCUUCAAGAUCCUUGGAGGAUCAGAGGGGAAGCUUACAGUUGUUGCCCAGAAGAUGAGCGUGUUGUCCGGCAUUGCCAGCUGCAGUCAUCAUGCUGUGUCAGGAACCUCCAGCCAGACUCUGAGCUCUGCAGUUGCUGUUAUGUUCAUCCCUUAUUUACAACAAGAAGUCCACGAGGGCACCUUGGUGCAUGCUGUGUCGGUGCUUUCCCAGUGGACCAGCCGUCUCACGGUGGAAGUUCCCACUGCUCUGUUGGACUGGCUGAAGAAAGCCUUCAGCCUCAAGACCUCCACCUCUCUGGUCAGACAUGCCUACCUGCAGGCCAUGCUGGGUAUCUUCAAAGGUGACUGUCUGGCCCAGGCCUCAGACUUGGUGCCUCUCCUCCUCCAAACUGUGGAGAAGGCUGCAGCCCAGAAUUCCCAGCAUGCUCUGCUUGCAGAGGGUGUGGCAGCUUCUGUUCUCUUGAGUCGAUUGUCUCUGCUGGAGACACAGGCAGAGGCAAAAUUUACCAGUUUUUGGAAUCUGGUCUUGGAUGAGAAGAAGCCACUAUUUACCACAGAGAAGUUCUUGUCACAAGCCACUGAAGAAACUUUGUACACAGUGCUGCUGUUGUGUGAAAGGCUCUUCCUGGACCAUGCCCAUAGGCUCAACGCCAGCAAAUCACAAAUGUACCACCAUGCUGCAGUGGCCGUGCUGUUGUCCCGGGUGUGGCGUGUGAGGAAGCGGGCACAGCAGACUGUCAGGAAGCUGCUCUCCUCUCUGGGUGGAUCCAGCCUGGCCCACGGCCUUCUGGGAGAACUCCGAGUUGUCAUUAACAAACACAAAGUUUUGCCGCAGGAUGUCCUGGUGUCAGAGACAGGAGAGCUGACUGAGCUGGGCCGGAGUUACAUUCCCCCACGUGUCCUGCUGGAGGCGCUGUGUGUCAUCUGCUCUGCCGCCAGCCAGUGGGGUGACUUGGCCGAGGCUGAGAACAUGGCCAUGGAGAUCCUCAUCGUCACUCACCACCCCUCCAUAGUUGAAGUUCGUCCCGGCCUCUGGCCUCUUCUGCUGUCCACCAUGAAUAUAAAGGCAGAGGAGUUCAUAGAAAAGAACCUGGAGAAUAUUCUUCCACGCCUCCUGGAGGUCAACGCCGACAACCAGGCGGUGAAGAACGCUGUUGGUGCCCUGUCCGGUCUUUCCCCAACCAAACUGCUGCCACGGGUUUUGGAUCACGUGACUCAGUGGCUUUCCCGGCCUGCACUUCUUCAGGUGACCAGGGAGGAGUACGCCAUCAUGCUGACACCUGAGGGCGAGCUUUACGACAAGAGCAUCAUCCAGAGUGCACAGCAGGAAAGCACCAAGAAAGGCAACAUGAAGAGGGAGAACAAGGCCUACUCCUACAAGGAACAGAUCAUUGAGCUGGAGCUGCAGGAGGAGAUAAAGAAGAAAAAAGGCAUCAAAGAUGAGGUGCAGUUGACCAGCAAACAAAAGGAGAUGAUGCAAGCCCAACUUGAAAAGGAGGCUUCCAUUCGCAAGAGACUUCAAGGGUUGGACAUGGAGUUGCAGAGUGUGGUGGGUCUGCUUGAAGCUGCUUUGAUAGAAAGACCUCCUCAGAUCUCCUGGCAGCUGCCUGCUGUCCUCCAGGUCCUAAUGCCCCUGCUCCACUCUACUCUGGCCGCACCACGCCUCCAGCAGGUCUUCUUGGACAUCGGAGUUUGCCUAAUGCCCAAACACCUUCACUAUCUAGCUGAGCUUGUGGGACAUGUGACUUUGCGGCUACUGAAACCUGAGUGUGAACUGGACAAGGCCUGGGGACAGGAAGACCUGGACACAGCGGCCCACCGCACCGUGCUGCUGCUGCACAGCCACACCGUCCCACAGAGAGAGGCCAAGGCCGCUGACAUAGCUCCACUGUCUGCUCCAGCCUUCUCCUUCUGCUUCCCUCUUCUCAACGCCAUGCUCAGGGAGUCAUCAGGCAGCACCGAGGAGACAGAGAGCAUGAUGACCAGAGCUCUGCAAGUCAUCAACGAGCAUGCUCAGCUUCGGGCUGACACUGACAGUACAGACACACUCAUUGAUGAGAAUGGCCCAGAGCUGCUUCCACGUGUCAACAUGCUGCUGCUGCUGACGAGAGUGAUUUCCACAGCAACACCCAGACUUCAGGUGUUGGCGUCGCAGUGCCUGACUGCGCUGUGUGCCAGUGCUGGAGGAGAGAAAGGCUGCGCGGUGGCAGAGCAGCCCGAGAUCGAUGUCCUGCUGGACGCCCUGCUCUCGCCCUGCUUCGCUGUCCGAGACGCUGCUCUCAGGGGGCUGUUGGAAAUGGAGUUUGCCCUGCCGACAGACAGCACAGAAGCCAGCGGGCUGAGUUUGCUGCGCAGACUGUGGGUUGCCAGAUUUGAUGUUGAGGAGGAGGGACGAGCGUUGGCCGAGAAGCUCUGGGAGUCUCUGUGUCUGGAGUUGGUCCCUGAGCUCUGCUCCUUGCUGAUCGGGGACACCACCCACCACGAGGAGGCUGUCCGCUCUGCCGGGGCUGAGGCUUUGUCCAGCGCUGUGUCCCAGUACAGAGAACAGUCUGCUGCGGUGCUCGGCCAGCUCACUGAGCUCUACCACCAGAAGCUCUAUAGGCCGCCUCCUGUCCUGGAUGCUCUGGGCAGAGUCAUCUCUGAAGCUCCUCCUGACCAAUGGGAGGCCAGGUGUGGUAUUGCCCUGGCUCUGAACAAGCUGUCCCAGUAUCUGGAUGAAUCUCAGGUCACCCCUCUCUUCCUCUUCUUUGUCCCCGAUGCUCUGAACGACCGCCACACCGAGGUGCGACGCUGCAUGUUGGACGCUGCCCUCUCAGCUCUCAAUACACAUGGAAAGGACAACGUGAGUUCCCUGUUGCCGGUUUUUGAGGAGUUUCUGAAGAACGCCCCUCAGGAUGCCAGCUACGAUUCUGUCCGUCAGAGUGUGGUCAUCCUCAUGGGCUCCUUGGCCAAACAUCUGGACAAAAGUGACCCCAAGGUCAAGCCCAUUGUGGCCAAACUUAUUACUGCACUCUCUACGCCUUCGCAACAGGUCCAGGAGUCUGUGGCCAGUUGUUUACCUCCGCUGGUUCCUGCCAUCAAGGAAGACGCUGCAGGGAUUGUCAGGAACCUGCUGCAGCUGCUGCUGGAGAGCGACAAGUACGCCGAGAGGAAGGGGGCGGCCUACGGACUGGCCGGCCUGGUCAAAGGUCUCGGCAUCCUGGCUCUCAAACAGCAGGACAUCAUGACCACCCUGACCGACGCCAUCCAAGACAAGAAGAACUUCAGACGGAGAGAAGGAGCGCUGUUUGCCUUUGAGAUGCUGUGUAACAUGUUGGGGAAGCUGUUUGAGCCCUACGUUGUCCAUGUGCUGCCACACCUCCUGCUCUGCUUUGGAGACGGUAACCAGUACGUCAGAGAGGCUGCAGAUGACUGUGCCAAGGCUGUGAUGAGGAACCUGAGUGCCCACGGGGUGAAGCUGGUGCUCCCCUCUCUGCUGGUGGCACUGGAGGAGGAGUCCUGGAGGACUAAAGCAGGGUCGGUGGAGUUGUUGGGUGCCAUGGCUUACUGUGCUCCCAAGCAGCUGUCCUCCUGCCUGCCCAGCAUCGUGCCAAAGCUGACUGAGGUGCUGACCGACUCCCAUGUGAAGGUGCAGAAGGCCGGCCAGCAGGCCCUCCGACAGAUCGGCUCCGUCAUCCGCAACCCUGAAAUCCUGGCCAUAACCCCCAUCCUGCUGGAUGCUCUCACUGAUCCGUCCCGAAAGACGCAGACAUGCCUGCAGACGCUGCUGGACACCAAGUUUGUCCACUUUAUCGAUGCUCCCUCCCUGGCUCUCAUCAUGCCCAUCGUCCAGAGAGCCUUCCAGGAUCGCUCCACAGACACUCGCAAGAUGGCCGCUCAAAUCAUCGGCAACAUGUACUCCCUUACUGACCAGAAGGAUCUGUCCCCAUACUUGCCUAGUGUCAUUCCUGGACUCAAGGCCUCUCUGCUGGACCCCGUGCCUGAGGUGCGCACAGUGUCAGCCAAAGCCCUGGGCGCCAUGGUGAAGGGAAUGGGUGAAUCCUGCUUUGAAGACCUGCUGCCCUGGCUCAUGGAGACGCUGGCCUCCGAGCAGAGCUCUGUGGAUCGCUCUGGAGCGGCUCAAGGUCUGGCUGAGGUGAUGGCUGGGCUGGGAGUGGAGAAGCUGGACAAGCUAAUGCCAGAUGUGGUGCAGACCGCCAGUAAGGUGGACAUCGCAUCCCAUGUCAGAGACGGCUACAUCAUGAUGUUCAUCUACCUUCCCCUCACCUUUGGAGACAAGUUCACCCCCUACGUUGGGCCCAUCAUCCCAUGCAUUCUCAAGGCGUUGGCAGAUGAGAAUGAGUAUGUGAGGGACACGGCGCUGCGAGCAGGCCAGAGGAUCAUUAGCAUGUACGCUGAGACUGCUAUCGCUCUGCUGCUGCCCGAAUUGGAACAAGGCCUGUUUGAUGACCUGUGGAGAAUCAGGUUCAGCUCUGUGCAGCUGCUGGGAGAUCUGUUGUUCCACAUCUCUGGAGUGACAGGAAAGAUGACAACAGAGACCGCCUCAGAGGAUGACAACUUUGGAACGGCAGCAUCCAAUAAGGCCAUCAUCGGAGCUCUUGGAGCUGAGCGGCGAAACCGCGUCCUCUCUGGCCUCUACAUGGGCCGGUCAGACACCCAGCUGGUGGUGCGACAGGCUUCCCUGCAUGUGUGGAAAAUCGUGGUGUCCAACACUCCCCGAACCCUCAGAGAGAUCCUGCCCACCCUCUUCACCCUGCUGCUGGGCUUCCUGGCCUCCACCUGCCCUGACAAGAGAACGAUUGCUGCUCGGACGCUGGGCGAUUUGGUAAGGAAGCUGGGAGAGAAGAUUCUCCCUGAGAUCAUUCCCAUCCUGGAGGAGGGGCUGCGCUCCGACAAGAGUGACGAAAGACAGGGCGUCUGCAUCGGCCUCAGCGAGAUCAUGAAGUCCACCAGCAAAGAUGCGGUGCUUGUCUUCUCGGAGUCACUUGUCCCCACUGUGAGGAAGGCUCUCUGUGACCCCCUGGAAGAGGUACGAGAGGCUGCAGCCAAAACCUUUGAGCAGCUCCACGCUACCAUCGGCCACCAGGCGCUGGAUGACAUCCUGCCUGCUCUGCUGAAACAGCUGGACGAUGAGGAGACAGCGGAGUUUGCCUUGGAUGGUCUGAAGCAAGUGAUGGCGGUGAAGAGCCGCUCUGUGCUGCCUUACCUGGUUCCAAAGCUGACUGCUCCUCCUGUCAACACCCGGGUGUUGGCCUUCCUGUCCGCCGUGGCAGGAGACGCCCUGACACGCCACUUGGGGGUGAUUCUGCCCGCCCUCCUCUCCUCUCUCAAAGAGAAGCUGGACACAGAGGAUGGAGCACAGGAGCUGUGCAGCUGUCAGACAGUGAUCCUCUCAGUGGAGGAUGAAGUGGGCCAGCGCAUCAUCAUAGAGGACCUGUUAGAGGCCACACGAGGCACUGACCCCGGCCUCAGGCAGGCUGCCGUCACCAUGCUCAACGCCUACUUCGCCCGCACCCGUCUGGACUACAGCGCCCACACCCGCACCCUGCUGUCUGGCCUCAUCCGCCUGCUCAAUGAUCCCAACACUGAGGUCCUGGUCCAGAGCUGGGACACCAUCAACUCCAUCACCAAGAAACUGGAUGCGAGCAGCCAGCUGGCUUUGAUUGAUGAUCUGCACCGAGACAUUAGAUCAGCCGCUGCAGAUGUGAAGGGUCAGCACCUGCCUGGUUUCUGUCUGCCCAAGAAGGGUGUGACCUGCAUCCUGCCGGUCCUCAGAGAGGGUGUGCUGACUGGCAGCCCUGAGCAGAAAGAAGAGGCAGCCAAAGCGCUCGGAGGGGUGAUAAGACUGACCUCCCCCGAGGCGCUACGGCCGUCAGUGGUCAACAUCACCGGACCGCUCAUUCGUAUCCUCGGAGACCGUUUUGCUUGGACAGUGAAAACUGCUCUGCUGGAGACUCUCACUUUACUACUGGCAAAGGUGGGCAUUGCCCUGAAGCCUUUCCUGCCACAGCUCCAGACCACCUUCCUCAAGGCCCUGCAGGACUCGAGCCGUGCAGUGAGGCUGAGGGCGGCUGAAGCUCUGGGCCAGCUGGUCUCCAUCCACACCAAGGUGGACCCACUCUUCACCGAGCAGCUGUCAGCCAUUCGCAACGCCGAGGACUCGGGAGUCAGGGAGACUAUGCUCCAAGCCUUAAGAUUUGUCAUCCAGGGGGCCGGGUCAAAGGUGGACCCAACCAUCCGCAAGAACAUCACCACCACAUUACUUGGCAUGCUGGGACAUGAUGAGGAUGCAACACGUAUGUCUUCAGCCGGCUGUGUCGGUGAGCUGUGUGCCUUCCUGUCAGAGGAGGAGCUGAGGACUGUGUUACUUCAGCAUAUCUUGGCGGAUGUUUCUGGCGUGGACUGGAUGGUGCGUCAUGGCCGCAGCCUGGCCCUGGCCAUCGCAGUCAAGUCUGCCCCUGAGAAGCUGUGUGUGGAGGAGUACAGCGACUCUGUGGCAGAAAGCAUCCUGGCCAAUGCCACUGCCGACAGGAUCCCCAUUGCCACCAGUGGGAUCAGGGCGAUGGGAUACCUGAUGAGGCAUCAGCUCAGAGCAGAGGGCAGCGCUGGUGUUUCUCAGCGAGUCACCACACAGUUUGUCAAGUGUCUUCAGAAUCAGUCCAGUGACAUCAGACUGGUGUCGGAGCGGGUGCUGUGGUGGGUGUUCAGAGAUCCGGCGACGCCCUCCAUGGAAGCCGGUCUCAUCAAGCCGCUGGUCAAGAGCCUGCUGGACAACACCAAGGACAAGAACACCAGCGUCAGAGCGCAGAGCGAGCACACCAUCGUCAGCCUGCUAAGACUUCGCCAGGGAGAGGAAACCAUGCAGAGUGUCACUGCCAUCCUGGACUCUGCAAGUAAUGACCUUCUGUCAGAGUGCCACCGCCGGUCUUUGAAGAAGAUCGCCAGCCUCCCGGAUUCCAACGAAGAGAUCGACGACACCAUCCUAACAUGAUGGGGCAGGACUGAAUCGUGCUCGUGUAUUUAGAAAAAAAAAAAAAAGAGACCUCAGCAGAAAUCAACAGGAGCUUGACUGACAAAUCACACCAAUGA